AUGGAACAAAAGGAAGACAGAAAAGAAGAUUUUAAAUUAAAAAUGUAUUCUGCUGAAGAACAGAAGGCAGAUGAAGGGACAAGGAAGGAGCCCUUUUGGGUCUUUGGUUACGGAUCUCUUUGUUGGAAUCCUGGAUUUGAAUACCAGCAGUCAAUUACUGGAUACGUUAAAGGAUUUUCAAGGAGAUUUUGGCAAGGAAAUACUACGCACAGAGGGACCGAAUCCAAGCCGGGUCGUGUUGCUACACUCGUAGAAGAUAAGGAGGGAGUAACAUGGGGGAAAGCAUUUUUAGUUGCAGCAGAGAAUAAUGCAGCACUACCUUACCUAUCUACCAGAGAAUGCCAGCUAGGAGGAUAUCGGACUUACACAGUUAAUUUCCAUCCAAAACCCUCAUUUCUACCAUCAAACAGUCAUUCAGAUAAGAAAGACGCCUUUCUGUACAUUGCCGUGCCAGAAAAUAAACAUUGGCUCGGCGCUGCCCCUUUACCUGAUAUGGCUAAACAAAUUUUAGAAUGUCGUGGUUCAUCUGGCUCGAAUGUAGAGUACGUGUUAAAAUUAGCAGAUUUCAUGAGAGAAGAAAUACCUGAAGCUUUGGACGAGCAUUUGUUUUCUUUGGAAAGGCUGGUUAGGAAAUUUGCAGCGGAUAUGAGGAUAUGUUUAAGAUCUCUGAUGGUAGAAAAAGAAGAAAAUGAUCCAGAACCCCAAGUACAAGCAGUUGUUCCAAGCUAUCAGUUCGCCUCGAGAAUUCCAGAUAAAAAAUUACGUUGUGUCAAUAUG